GCUGUCACUCUACGGCUCGACUCCAGACAGGCAACACCGUCGCAGAUCAACAAUAUAGGAAAGCAACGAAUAUUACACCUUCGUUACAAGUCGUUAUAUCAAACAGUUCGAAAUAUAAUCCAAAUCGAGAUGGAUCCGACUGAAUCCAAAAAGUGGCCGUUACUGACUGACAUAAAAAGCGAAGAGACAUGUAGAGAUUGGGUAGGAAAUUUUCAAGUGCUCAUGGCGAACAUGGCCAAAGAAAAGUUACAAGGCGAGACGGAAAUCAAGACGGAAAUCAAGACAGAAGCUACAAUCAAAACAGAGGAAACAAGAAGACAGGAGGAUGUACCGAGACAAAGUCCUGCGAGCAAUGCCGAGGUUGCAGUGCCAACUCUACGAAAUACCGAAGGGCAGAUGCGAUAUGGACAGGAUCGUGUACCGAUACAAAUUCCCACGAGCAAUGCUGGGCUCGUAAUACCAAAUGUACAAAAUUCUGAAGGACUGAUGCGAUUUGGACCGGAGGGUACACCGAUACAAAUCCGCGCAAGCCAUUCUGGGGCUGUUAUGCCAAAUAUACAAAAUACUCAUGGGCAGAGGCGAUAUAGACAGGAGGGUGCAUCGAUGCAAAAUCCCGCAUACAAUCCUGGGUUUGUUGAGCCAAGUGUACAAGAUAUUCAAAGAUACAUACUACAUGCACAGGAGAAUAUGCCGAUGCAAAAUCCCGCGUAUAAUCCUGGGUUCGUUGAGCCAAAUGUACAAGAUAUUCAAAGGCACAUACUACAUGCACAGGAGAAUAUGAUGAUUCAAAAUCCCGCACAUAAUCCUAGGUUUGUUGCGCCAAGUGUACAAGAUAUUCAAAGGCACAUACUACAUGCGCAGGAGAAUAUUCUGAUUCAAAAUCCCGCACAUAAUCCUAGGUUUGUUGCGCCAAGUGUACAAGAUAUUCAAAGGCACAUACCACAUGCACAGGAGAAUAUGCCGAUGCAAAAUCCCGCAUACAAUCCUGGGUUUGUUGAGCCAAAUGUACACGAUCUUCACGGGCGCAUACCAACUGGACACGGGGGUAUACCGAUCAUGCAACAUGUACCGCAGUCUAGAGCGGCUCUUAUGGCAAGCCUGCAAAAUUUUCAAUGUCUGAUGCAAGCAAGCAACGAAAGGAUGUACCGUCGGGAUCGGAGGAGUCGUAACUAUUACGAUGAUGUAGAUGUGACGGUGGUCUCUUCGACAAUGGACGACUAACAAAACCACAAUCAAGCAUAGAAUACCCGCGCGUAUUCCAUACAACAAUAAAAAAGAUCAGUUUUUAUAAGCAAUGUAAUUUGACAAGUCAGCAUCCCAAGUAAUUUUUAUAGUGACACCAUCAUUGAUUAACUUAACGACAUAUAGUUUAUUGUGAAUUAAAUUUUUUUUUAAAUAUUAUAAAA